GUAGAUAAUGUUACUCCGAACAUUGAACAGGAACUUGAGAAUGUCUCUUCUCCAUUUGGGUUAUCUGAGAGUGAAGAAUCUGGGGCUGGAGAUAACAAAUCAAAAGAUAAAGGAAUUGAUACUUGUGAGGUUACUCUUCCUGCAUCUCAUAAAGCUGGGACCUUCUUACUGCCCACAAGGAAGAAUAAAAAUACAAAUGAAAUUGGAGAUGGAGUCCGAAGGCAAGGAAGGAAUGGUAGCAGUGCUACACCCUUAACAAAACCAGGUGUGCAUCCAAUGAGGGAAAAAUCGGACAAUCUUACAACAACGAAGCUAAUUCAAAGUGCAAGAUCUGCUUCUGAUAAAAAUAGAAGUAAAAUAGUUUGCCCACCUUCCAAAAAGCUAAAAGAUCGCAAGGCCUCAACUCGUGUUGGGUCAAUGGUGAAUAAUGUUUCUCCUGAUUUCACAGGCGAAUCUGAUGAUGAUGAUCGUGAUGAACUAUUUGCAGCUGCCACUUCGGCUCGGAAUGCUAGCGGUCUUGCUUGUUGUGGUCCUUUCUGGAAGAAAAUGGGAUCUAUUUUUAAUUCAGUGAGCUCAGAGGACACGUCUUACCUCAGGCAACAGCUAAGUUUGGCAGAAGAACUUGACGAGAGUUUGUCUCAAAUUUUUGGAGAUGGAUUUAAUGUUCAGGGUGUUGCACUGCAGAAAGAUGCACCUUUUUCUGUUGAAGAAGUGGCCAAAACUAUUGCUGCAAGUGAAAGAUCUGAUAUAAAGAAGUUUGACAAGGUUACUCCUUUAUAUCAAAGAGUUCUUUCUGCUUUGAUCGAAGAAGAUGAAAAUGAAGAAGUUUACCACCGCAAUGAAGCGAAGAACAUGUCUCUUCACUAUGCAAGCGACGAUUCCCAUUGUGGUUCUUGCAACCAGAUGGAUGUUGAAUUUAGAGAUAGAGACAGAAUAGAAACUGAAGCUGAGUCAAUCACAGAUUUUCAUUGUCAGAAAAAUUCUCUGUUAGACAGGAUGUCUGGUGAUGUGAGUGUUGCAUCAAACACUUUUAGGAACUGCAGCAUGUCUAAUUCAUUACAUAGCAGCGAACGGUGGUUGGGAGAUGAUGAUUUAUCACAUAUGGAUUCAGGUCCCGUGAGUGAAAUAUGUUCAACUGACCUGGGUCAGCUCCAACAGAAGGAAAUAAAUGUUUCUGAGGGUUCUUUUGACUGUCAAUAUCAGUUGAGGUGUAUGGAGGACAAGCUUUUGCUGGAGUUAAAUAGUAUUGGCAUUUAUCUCGAGUCCUUGCCUGAUUUGUCAGAGGGGGAGGAAGCGAUAAACCAAAAUGUUGUUGAACUUAAUGAAUGUCUCUAUCAACAGAUUCAGCAGAAGAAGAAAAGGUUGGGGAAGAUUGAUAAAGCUGUUGAGAAUGGGAGAGAUGUAGAAAGGGACAUUGAGCAUGUUGCAAUGGACCAAUUAAUCGAGAUGGCUUACAGAAGACAUUUGGCAUGUCGUAGGAAUAAUUCAUCCAAAAGUGCAGUUCGUAAGGUUUCGAAACAAGUUGCAUUGGCUUUUGUCAAGCGAACUGUUGGUAGAUGUAAAAAAUUUGAACAGACCGGCAAUAGUUGCUUUAGUGAACCAGCUUUGCAAGAUAUUAUGUUUUCUGUAUCUCCAUGCAGCAAAGAAGCAAAGUCUGUUGAUUGUAUUGGCUCCGGAACUGCUAGUAAUAUUUGUAAUGAAACUUCCAACCAUCAAGGAGAAGCCAGGGGCUCAGGUGCUGUUUCGAGUACUUACGAGAGGAAUGAUUCAUCGGAAAUAAAGUAUGGAUCUCUGUUGAACAAAGGGACGAAGAGGGAAGUACUUACCGAUGAUGUUGUUGGUAGUGCUUCGUCUAGGGUAACAUCGACUCUUGAUGGCAGUGUUGGAGGAGUAAACGGAAGGGAGCAAAGCAGAGAGAAUCUGAGAAAUACUAGUUCGAAGGACGAGCAGAAAACGAAAGCAAAAACCAAGCAAAAACAUAGUCAUUUAUCAAGUUCUGGAAAUGGAUUCAACGGAAGGCCUACAGGACCUUUGAAACCUACUGAUAAGAUCCAUCAGAAUUCAACUAAAGAAGCAGACGAUCCAAUGGAUUUUGCGAACUUGCAACUAAACGAGCUGGAUACAAUGGAGGAAUUGGGUGUCCCGAACGAGAUCGAUGGUCCGCAAGAUCUGAGCUCAUGGCUAAACUUCGAUGAAGAUGGCUUGCAAGACCAUGAUUCAAUAGGGUUAGAAAUACCGAUGGAUGAUCUCUCGGGUUUGAAAUUUGCAUUCUGAUAUUGUUGACCCCUUGCAUUAGCAAAGUUAGGUUACUAAUUUAGCAGCCUAUCUGAUGCAAAAUGAAGAGAAAAACUGUAAUUAUGAUGAAAUCUUCUGUAUGUAUAAAACCAAUUAUGAAUAAGGUGCAGGUGUAUAUAUCA